GGUCAGGAAGAAAACAAGAAGAGAGGCCGCCAGGACGGUGCUGGGGGUCCCUAUGACCAAGGAAGGGAUCACACAGACUCUCUGCCUCUGGGGCAGCCCCCUCACACCCCCGGGCUGCGGACGUGUCGUAGCGCUCUUACACCACAGAAGUUCUGCUCAACUCACGGUGAAAGUGAAACCAACAGGGUACGCUCCUGAGUCCUGACGUCGGAGGCUGGGUCCGCGGUGUGGACCCGACUCCUGGGGCUCUGAGCCCCGCGAUGCUGCGGGUUGCCAUGGUCCUCGCCUCAGUCCUCACCUCGGUGCGACCCCGGUCAUACUCUCUGCAGUAUUUCUAUUUGGCUGUGUCGGAGCCCAGUCCAGGAGUCCCUGCCUUUCUGGCCACUGGCUUGGUGAACGAUCUGCCCUUCAUCCGCUACAACAGUGAGAAGGAGAAAGCAGAGCCACUGGUUCACUGGUUGACAGAAGACGUGAGUUACUUUGAUGAUGAGACUAAAAUCUUCAUAAACCGGAUGAAGAUUUUCCAGUUAAGUCUGAGAAAUGUGCAGAACUACUACAACAACACUCUGAGCAAGAGCCUGGCCUCCACACACCCCCAGCGUGCAGGCUCCCAUACCCUCCAGUUCAUCUAUGGCUGUGAGCUGCAGGAAGAUGGCAGGAAGAGCGGGCACUGGCAGUAUGGCUAUGACGGUGAAGAUUACCUCAUCUUGGAUAUGGACUCUGAGGAAUACUUGGCAGCCUCAUCCCCUGCCAGGUACACCACACAGAAGUGGAAGGCCUCUGGGAACAACAUAGAACACGACAAGAUCUAUUUGGAGAAUGAAUGCAUCUUGUGGCUGAAGAAAUAUUUGAAGCUUGGAAGGUACAAUUUGAACUACACAGAGAGUCCCCGGACCCACGUGACCCACCACCCCCUUUCCAACCAUUAUGUGACCCUAAAGUGCUGGGCACUGGGUUUCUACCCUGCGGAGAUCACUCUGACCUGGCUGCGGGAUGGAGAGGAACAGACCCAGGAAAUGGAGCUGGUGGAGACCAGGCCUGCAGGAGAUGGAAGCUUCCAGAAGUGGGCAGCUGUGGUGGUGCCUUCUGGGGAGGAGCAGAGAUACACAUGCCAUGUGCAGCAUGAGGGGCUGCCUGAGCCCCUCAGCCUGACAUGGGAGCCGCCUGCUCAGCCCACCAUUCCCAACACUGGAAUUGUCAUUGGCGUGGGCAUCUUUGCAGUUCUGGUUAUUGUAGCUGUGGUGGUUUUUGUGCUGUGGAGGAAGAGGACUGGAGGUGACAAGAGAGAAGGCUAUGAUAAGGCUGCAAGAGACGACAGUGACCAGGGUUCUGAUGCUUCCCUCAGAGCUCAAAAAGUGAGAAACAGCUGCUUUGUGUGGCACUGAGAGGCACAUUUGUUCCUG